CACCAGACUGCGUACAGAUUAUGAACAGCAACAUGAAAGUGUAUAUGCUAUUCGUCGUCAUUUUCAUGCCUCAAAUUUCAUCAUCAGAAGUAGAUUGCAAUUCUAAAGGAGGUCGUUCAAAUGAACGACGUCUACUUUUAAUCGGGAAGGCUGGAGUAGGAAAAAGCACGACAGGGAAUGCUAUCCUUGGUAAAGAUAUCUUCCUUGCACAUGAUUUGGCAGCGAAAUCAACAACAAAAACGUGUCAAGUUGAAAAGAUUAAGAGAGACGGCAAGGACAUACUUGUUGCUGAUACACCUGGGCUUGGAGAUGCAGCAUUAGGAUACGAUUACUUCAGUACACUUGUUGAGAUUGCACAAGGUUUUGGAUUCAUGACUCCUGGGCCCCAUGCUAUUCUUUUCGUUCUUUGGCCUGACAGAAUUAACAUUUACGACGAAGAAAGUCUACAAGCAUACUAUAAUGUGUUUGGUUCUGAGCUUUACAAAUACACUAUUGCUAUUUUUACUCAUGUACCAUAUUCUAAAGAAAAAAAUAUACCACAUUUUAUAGAUUCAGGUGAUCAGAAAUCGUUUCUAACCAAACUCAUGCAUGAUACAAACUAUCGGUAUGUUAUUUUCGGAGAUCCACAAAAUAGAACGAGGCGUGAAUUGGAUGUGAAAAUAUUACUGAAAAAAAUAGAAAAAAUGAUUGAGCAAAACAAGCCGGAAUGUUUUCUAAAUCACAUAUCAAAUAUGGCAGAAGAUGCAAUUCAACGACUUGGGAUGGGUGAUCGAGACAAAGGCAGAGAGAAACUUAAAGAAGCUUUUAAUUGGUUGAUAAGCAUUAUUAUUCGAGUGGCAUUGUCAUCGCUUCUUGGCUACUACUUUGGCUUCAUAUUUAGCAGUAUAGGAAUUAUUGAAGCGAUCUUUCAGAUUAUAUUAACUUUUUUUUAAUUUACCUGUUACAAUAUUCUGCUUUAAAAAACAAA